UUUAGCGCGAACCUUGGUCUGUUCGUCUGGUUUGUGAGAUCAAAGGCUGUCCACUGCGAUCUGCAGUGAAUUUUGCAGAUUUUGAGGCUAGUCUGGACGCGGAGCCAUUUGUUUGUAACAGGUGAUGGAGAACUACGUCAGGCUUGAAAAACUUGGAGAAGGAACUUAUGGGGUGGUGUACAAGGCCAAAAACAAGCUGACAAAUGAAAUUGUGGCCUUGAAGAAAAUAAGGUCGGAAGGUGACGACGAAGGUCUGCCGGCCACCGCCAUCAGGGAAAUUUCUUUGUUAAAAGAACUUGUGCAUCCCUAUAUUGUGACAUUGCAUGAUGUUCUCAUGGAGGAAUCGUUGCUUCACCUGGUUUUUGAACACAUGAGCAUGGAUUUGCGAAAAUACGUUGACACGAAAGAAAUGACCUCUGCCAAAAUCAAAUCUUUUCUGUACCAGAUGCUUGUUGCUAUGCUCUUCUGUCACAAGAGGAGAGUAUUGCACAGAGAUCUGAAGCCCCAGAACCUGCUGGUCAGCCACGAUGGACGGAUCGUCAAGAUUGCCGACUUUGGGCUGGGACGAGCUUUUGGAGUUCCACUCAGGGCAUACACUCACGAGGUUGUUACUCUGUGGUACAGGGCUCCAGAAAUUUUGCUUGGCAGCCAGAGAUACUCCUGCCCGGUGGACAUUUGGUCUAUAGCAUGUAUUUUUGCCGAGAUGGUGAACAAACGUCCACUCUUCCAAGGUGACUCAGAGAUUGACCAAAUUUUCCGCAUCUUUAGGAUUCUACAAACUCCGACGGAAGAAAUUUGGCCAGGUGUCAGUGAGCUGCCUGAUUAUAAGGAUUCUUUCCCUCAGUGGCACCAGAACAACCUGAAAUCUGCUGUCCCGACCCUUGAUCACAAUGGAUUGGAUAUUAUGCAGAAAAUGCUCAUUUACCACCCUGCUGAGAGGAUGUCUGCUAAAGAGGCUGUCAAGCACCCCUAUUUUGAUGGACUAGACAAAAAUUCUCUGCCUGCCAUUGCUGACUGAAAGAGUUAUACCCUUGCUCAUCCUGUCUUUACUCUAUUCCAAUGUUCUUGUGUUCUCUUCAUUGCCCUUUAAACAAUUAUAAUUAAUGCUUACAGAUUAACUCUAUCUCAUUGAUACUUGUAACCAUAUCUAAAAAUUAAUCAUCCCUGAAGAAAUUACCAUACUCAAAGUAUUUACGAAGAAAAUAAAAGCUAGCUAAUUAUUAUUUAAUGAAA